CCGACGGUCUCUUUUCGUUGUCGCACAAAACAAAGUCCACGCCGCCCGCAGAGCUGGGAGAUGAUGUUCAGCUCAGCUGAUGUUUUCUGGUUUUCUCUGGCUCUGUGUUUCCUCGCAGCUUUCUGUGCUCAUAAAAUAUCCACGCACCUGCCGAGGAAAUAUGAAACAUGUCGUCUCCACGUCAUAUUUCAGGAUCUGAUCCGGUACGGAAAAACCAAACAAACCGUCAAACGACACGACUGGCUGCGUCAGUUUGACGUCCCGAAACGGUGGUUCUGGCACUUCUAUGCCAUCUCUGUUGGCUGGAACGGUCUUCUUCUCGCCUUGUACCUGAACCUCACAUUCAGGCAUCACUCCUACCCAUCAUGGCUGAGAGGAGUGUUAGACAUUGGGACAGUUGUGCCGAGCGCUGACAGUCAUGUCCCACAGCUGUCCACUCUGCUGGUGCAGCUGCUGCUCUGGGUCCACUCCCUCCGGAGGCUGCUCGAGUGCCUGUUCGUCAGUGUUUUCUCUGAUGGAGCCAUGCACUUGGUGCAGUAUGUCUUCGGUCUGGGGUUUUAUGUCGUGCUGGGGUUGACGGUGCUCUGCUCAGAUCGUCUGGGAAAAGGGACUGGAUCUCUCCUCUCUCAGCUGGACUUGUUUCACGUGGCAGGAAUUGCUCUUUUCAUUGGUGCCUCACUCAUGCAGCAUCAGUCCAUGGUUCUGCUGGCCAGGCUCCGCACUGGGAAGUCAGGAUCAGUGGAGACGCUGGCUCACAGAGUGCCGAAGGGAGGCUGGUUCGAGCUGGUGUCAUGCCCUCAUUACUUUGCUGAGCUGUUGAUCUACGUCUCACUGAGCUUGGUUUUUGGAGGCCUGUCUCUCACCUGGUGGCUCGUUGUGCUUUACGUGCUCUUCAACCAGGCGCUGGCAGCGCAGCUUUGUCAUGACCUUUAUAUCAGCAAGUAUGAGUCAUACCCAAAGCACAGGAAAGCAUUUAUACCAUUCGUGCUGUGAAUAGUUUGUGUUUACACUCUUUACGAGAAACUGUAAAGUCCUAGAAAGGUGUGAGAGAAAACUCAGCUUUCUCAAGGUGCUCUUGACCGAGUGAAGCUGCUCAGUCGCCAACAGGACGAGGCUGAAUAUAGCAGACAGCUCCCAAGUGUGAAUGUGAGGCGUGGCAGUGCUGCAGAAAGUCUGUCCAGGUGAGAGGUGAACUGUUUCUUAACGAAUGACAUGAAGAAAUGAAGAAUGCUACUCACAUUAUCAUUGCAAGGCCUUGUUUUUAUUUUUAUUAUAAGGAAUAUUAAUGUAAUAAA